AUGGAUGUUGAUAAAUUACGCAUGAGCAAGUUUUUGGUGGAGUCUUCGGAAGCUGACAGAAUCCGGAUCAUCCUGGACAGGAUGGGAGUGGAGUGGUUCGAUGACGGGCUACUCCCGAAUAUCAUGCAAGGCCUGGAAGGAGUGUUAGAGUGCCUGUCCUUCUACCUCACAGGAUCACUUCUUCAUUUUCCCGUCUUGCAGCUUACGGAACACUGGGUGUUCCGCAACAGCGCGUUCCGCAACAAUCGCAGUAAUUACAUAAGGCGAAGUCAACUGCAAAUUAAGUUUCACCAGAGACGAUACGUCAAGAAAGAGGAACUGGGCUACAGCCAAUCUCAAGGAAGCUACAACAAAUGUGAACUUUUAUUUGUGGAGGGCAUUAUGUAUCUGAACCAAUUGCAGAAGAGAUUGGGGAUGGAGGAGCAUGGGAACUUAUAUCCACUUCUUCAAUCUGCGUCUGACCUCCUUCAAAGAGCUAUUGUGCUCAUAGGGGAGGAUGGCUUUUCUUCAAGAACUUUCCUUCCUCGAACCAGUCGGAAACGAAUGGAAGUACUACCUAAUAAAUUUUCCAUCAAGACAUUGUUUGCAAAACGAAGACCAGAAGUCGACGCAGAGACGGAGGAGGUGUGGAAAGGAGGAAUACUGCUCUUUGUUCCCGCCACACCAGGGGUCAUCCGAUUCAAUGCUGUUAUCCCACAUCUAAGGGGUAGCAUUUGUUUCCUUCUCUUCCUCCAUUGCUUCUUCCCUGUGGAACAGCCCAGAAGGGAUGAAACAGUUUCGUUCAAAUAUGACCUGUAA